GUCGAGGAGGCUAUAAGAAGGGACGCAGAGUGUCAUGCCAACACCACAGCAGAUAAGCAUUCUUCCUUCCAUUCAGCCCCAAGCCUCCCUGAGCAUCCAUCUUCUCUAACCGACACACAGCUUGCCGUUCCUCAACAUCUCAUCCAUGGCGCCCCCGCUGGAAGUCGCCGCCAAGGAGCCAUCCACCAACGGCAACGGCAACGGCAACGGGACAACGGCGGCCCCGAAGACCACCAGCAAGGCCCCGGCGCUGAACGAGCGCAUCCUGUCGUCGAUCUCUCGCCGGUCGGUGGCCGCCCACCCGUGGCACGACCUUGAGAUCGGCCCCGAGGCGCCGACCAUCUUCAACUGCGUGAUCGAGAUCCCCAAGGGGAGCAAGGUCAAGUACGAGCUGGACAAGAAGACUGGGCUCAUCAAGGUGGACCGUGUGCUCUACUCCUCCGUCGUCUACCCGCACAACUACGGCUUCAUCCCGCGCACCCUCUGCGACGACUCCGACCCCAUCGACGUCCUCGUCAUCAUGCAGGAGCCCGUCGUUCCCGGGUGCUUCCUCAGGGCAAAGGCCAUCGGGCUCAUGCCCAUGAUUGACCAGGGCGAGGCCGACGACAAGAUCAUCGCCGUCUGCGCCGACGACCCCGAGUACCGCCACUUCAACGACAUCAAGGAGCUCCCGCCCCACCGCCUCGCAGAGAUCAGACGCUUCUUCGAGGACUACAAGAAGAACGAGAACAAGGAGGUGGCCGUCAACGACUUCCUGCCGUCGGAGGACGCAUACGAGGCCAUCCAGCACUCCAUGGAUCUCUAUGCCACCUACAUUUGCGAGGGCCUGAGAAGGUAGUACAUCUGCCGGCGGUGCCAGUUACCACUUGCUCGAGGAUCGAUGUUGAUGAAGAAAUUGUGCCUCAUAAACAAUACAUACUUUACAUUCUUGUUUUGUGUUAUAUAUUCCCUCGGUCCUAAAAUAUAAUUGUCUCAACUUUGUGCUAUCUCUAGUAUAAAAUUGUAUCAAGCUUGAGACACUUAUUUUAGAACGGAGGGAGUAAAUACCUACAUUAUAUCAAGUACGCAUCUUAAGACUUGAUUAAGGCAGGUGAUAAAAGGAAGACAUUCUUUUUCCAGCUACCUUAUGUAAUAUGAUUUCUAACUGCAAGAUAUGUCACUUUCAACAAAAAUAAUCAACAAAA